CAACAAAUAACCAACUGUUUCGAAAUAAAUAAACACUUUGAACUAUCUAAUUCUUUAAAAUCUCUAGUUAGACUUGAUAUGACAGUGGGAAUAUGUUAUGUGGGACGAAUGGAUGUCCAGUUUUACGCGUGACGUCAGAGAGCGUGUGGGACACUGCAGCGCCUCUUCCCGGGGCCGUCCCACAGUCCGAACUGAAGUUAUCAGACAGCCAGGCACAGGCUACUCACCUCCCUCUUUUCUCCUCUUCUUCUCCUUCUUACUUCUUUUCUGCAUCUUAUCGCAAUCCCGUCAUCAUUCCUGUAUGGUGGAUAUUAUUUUCAACUCUUCUUUCUUGGGUGAUAUGGGGGAUCAUUCCAAAAAGAAGUCCGGAUUCGCGAUGUGUGUAGGCUGUGGAAGUCAGAUACAUGACCAGUACAUUCUGAGAGUUUCCCCGGACCUGGAGUGGCAUGCAGCCUGCCUGAAGUGUGCAGAGUGCAGCCAGUACCUGGAUGAGACAUGCACUUGCUUCGUACGGGACGGAAAAACCUAUUGCAAAAGAGAUUAUGUAAGGUUAUUUGGAAUAAAAUGUGCAAAAUGUAACCUGGGAUUCAGCAGCAGUGAUUUGGUGAUGCGAGCCCGGGACAACGUGUACCACAUCGAGUGUUUCAGAUGUUCCGUAUGUAGCAGGCAGCUCUUGCCGGGGGAUGAGUUCUCUCUCCGGGACGAGGAGCUGCUGUGUCGGGCGGACCACAGUUUACUAAUGGAGCGGAGCUCCGCCGGAAGCCCAAUCAGCCCCGGACAUAUCCAUUCCAACAGAUCACUACACUUACUAGCAGCAGAGCCGGUGACAGUACGGGCACCACACCGAAACCACGUCCACAAGCAGUCAGAGAAGACAACACGAGUGCGAACCGUUUUGAACGAGAAGCAGCUCCACACGUUACGGACCUGCUACAACGCCAAUCCGCGGCCAGAUGCGCUAAUGAAGGAACAACUGGUGGAAAUGACCGGCCUCAGCCCAAGGGUUAUUCGAGUUUGGUUCCAGAAUAAAAGAUGCAAAGACAAAAAGAGAUCUAUUCUCAUGAAGCAACUUCAGCAGCAGCAACACAGUGAUAAGACUGUAAGCAUCUUCAGUCUACAGGGGCUCACGGGUACGCCUCUGGUUGCCAGAAGCCCUAUCAGGCACGACAACACGGUGCAGGGUAACUCGGUGGAGGUGCAGACCUACCAGCCUCCCUGGAAGGCCCUCAGCGAGUUCGCCCUGCAGAGUGAUCUGGACCAGCCGGCCUUUCAACAACUGGUGUCUUUCUCGGAAUCGGGUUCAUUGGGAAACUCCUCCGGCAGCGACGUGACUUCUUUGUCAUCGCACUUACCCGACACCCCGAACAGCAUGGUACCCAGUCCCGUGGAGACGUGAGACCGAGCCACCAGCCUCGGUUCCAGGCCUAGCAUGUUCCCGCCCCGGUGCCCGGUCCCCUGCAUGUGACCAGCUCAUCACAGCGUCCUAAAGACAGAGGAGUCGUUUCGGACAUGGAGAGGAAAGUGACAUAUUCUCAAUUUUGAACAAUUACCUAACGGCACUAUAAAGCAACGCGAACGAAAGCCCUUCUUCUUAAGUUCAGCAUUUUUGAGGAUAUCAGUGACAAAACAAAAACGAACUUCGUUGCAUGAACCGAAAGAAGAUAGAAGAUUCUCGUGAUGGAUUUACAAAACAGCCUCCCUCCAUAUUACAUUGGAGCCAUUUGAUGUCGAACCAGAUGGACAUUCUGCAAUUCAUUGUGAACAUGUCGUGUCUUGGUAUCUUUAUGUGAUUGAUUUUUUGAUACAUUUAUUUCGUUAUCAAGCCCAUAGACUCGUGUGUUUGUCUUAAAAAGGAGCAUGAUUUCCGAAGAUUAUAUAAAACAGAUUCUUGUUGUUAAAUAUUUUAUCUUAAUAGGAGGAGGGCAGGUUGUUUGAGCCUCUCUAACAAAAGUAAGUUAUUGUUAUUUAUUGUCAGGACAACGAUUCAUAAAGGAAUUAAUAACUGAUCAAAAAUAAAACUGUUAAAUCUUGAUAAUGUCUAAGGUACACAGUCUUUGCAUAAACUCUUGUAGAAUUUCCCAAGAUAGGCUUACACCCCCGUUCCCUCACUAGGCUUACACCCCCGUUCCCUCACUCAGCCUGUUGCAAUGCAGUUAAUCAAGUUGACCAGUGGUUAUUUGAGCUAUCGACAUCAAAACCUUCAACCAAAGGUAUUCCCAAAACGAGUAUGCUUCACGCAAACCUUGUAGGCCCCAGUUCCCCGAGCUUCUAAACCACAGAGGUGUAGGCCUAUAUGCAACAAAUCAAACACCAUUAUACUUCUGAAUUUAUCAAAAUGAUAAUUGUGCUAACAAGGUGAAUAAGUUCCCUAUUUAUCCCUGCAUUAGGCUUUAAACCACUGCAAAAAGAGGCCUAUUAAAAUUACGAUACAAAAUGAUGGAUGAAAACGUCAAUGAUCGAAUACUGAGGGUCCAUUGAUGAAAUCAUUUGCAUAUAAAUGUUGAAUGUUAUGACUAUUAUCAGGCUAAUCUGAUAGGCCUAUUGAUUUGGGGGAAAUAUUUAUAAUCAUGUUAAUAUGUUAUUUUUACUCAGGCUAUUUCAUCAUUUUCACUUUAAAAAACAUUGGAGCUUAAAAUUUGCAUGUGGAAUGAACAAUAAUAUUAUUAUAUAUUUUUAAAGUAAAUAAGACACCCUCAAUUUGAGGGUUUGCGCAGCCUACCUAAUGCUUAACAUAACCGUUUUUCUGAGGCUGGGAGAUUGGAAUUAAGUUGGAUUGGCUUCUGGUCAUUUACUUUCUAGGGGCGAAUUUUUGUUGUGAUCAAUCCAGUUUCACUGGUUAAAUCACAAGUCUAGACAGCCAACAAGGAUCGGCGGCUUCUUAUCUGCGCCUGGCAUCACCUGCAAACGAUACAUUGAAUGAAGCCACAACAAACCCAGUGCUCUCUUUGGAAAGAGCUAGUUUUAGGGGAGAGACCAGCUCGUAAACCCACCCUAAUCUGGCCACAGUUUAUUUUCAUUCCACUCAGUCAAUUGCGUUAUUACGCACGGGUCAGACGUCUCAGUAAUGACAUCUCAGACCAAGUACCUUUGCUUGUUUUUAACCGGGCUACGUAAAGACUAGGCUACCUGGACACAAUUAGUUAGCACUCAUCAAAUAAUUUGAGAUAAUAGGAACAAUUAACAAAAAAAAUACAGUAGACUAAGACGAAAUGUAUAGACUAUUAUUAAUUAUCCCAUUUGUAGUUGGCUAUAAAUUCCGUUUAAAAGUGGGGCUAACUUAUUAUUUUCAAAGACUAUGCUACCUGGGCACAAUUAGUUAGCACUCAUCAAAUAAUUUGAGAUAAUAGGAACAAUUAAUUAAAAAAAUACAGUAGACUAAGACGAAAUGUAUAGACUAUUAUUAAUUAUCCCAUUUGUAGUUGGCUAUAAAUUCCGUUUAAAAGUGGGUCUAACUUAUUAUUUUAAUGUCUGACAAUACUUUCACAGGAUCAAAAUAGACUCAUGAAUGGAACUAUAUCUUGUAUAUUUAAUUUAAUAUGUAUUAAACAUCACUAUCCUAAUUCAACUCAACUAUUGGCUAGGCCUACGAUUUAUUGAUUGAUUGAUUUCAUUAUAGUGUCAUGCAUCUUCAUGAUUCUCAGCCCACAUGGGCUUAUACACUGUAAUAAUAUUAUCAUACUUAUAUAUGGACACACCUACCUACCUACCUACCUACCUACCUACCUACCUACCUACCUACCUACCUACCUACCUACCUACCUACCUACAUACAUACAUACAUACAUACAUACAUACAUACAUACAUACAUACAUACAUACAUACAUACAUACAUACAUACAUACAUACAUACAUACAUACAUACAUACAUCCAUACAUACAUACAUACAUACAUACAUACAUACAUACAUACAUACAUACAUACAUACAUACAUACAUACAUACAUACAUACAUACAUACAUACAUACAUACAUACAUACAUACAUACAUACAUACAUACAUACAUACAUACAUACAUACAUACAUAAACAUUUGCAUUCCUAAUUAAAUUAAAACAACUGAAAACACAAAACAAAAACCUGUAUCUAAAUCGGAAGUUUGAAUGACAAUGGGUAGAUAAUAGAUGUGUAAUUGAGCUGUUUUAGAGACGUUGCAGGAAACAAUGCUGCCUGUUAGAGAUAACCGGAGAUAACCAGAAGUUAUUUACAGAGGAAUAACAAUAUUGGUGCAUCUAGCCUGGAGAGGAAAGUUUCAAGAGACAAAUGUCCUAGAUACACAUUUAUUAUAAUGUAGAUUCAUAACAUUUACAAAGUUGUAUUCUUCCCUUUAAGGUAAAACCCAUUUCAACCCUAUACACUCAAAAUGCCUGGAAUGUUUGAUUUGGAUUGUGAAUUAAGAGUUGGCAAAAUAGUGUGGGAAAAGGAUAAGCCUAUGGUAAUUUGGUUGGAAUUGGUAGGCUGUUUCAAACACAAUCGAUAAAUCUAAGUGAGAUCAUAGGUCAAAUAAACAUGUGAACUUUAUCAAACCUUAGUCAAUCUGACCUAUUUCAUUGCAGGAAUUUCAGAGUAGACCGUUGCAAAAAUACUGCAAAAAUACUGCAUGAUAUCCUGUCGAAUUGGUUGAAUUUCAGAUGGAUUUUAACCUAUACUUCUCAUAUCUAUUGAUAUCUUACCACAUUUAAAAAAAACUUAAUCAUAUAAAAUCAUGUUUUAUUAGACUUUUUAAAAAUACCACACGACAGCCAUCACAUAAUCCUAUAACAUCAACCUGAAUAUCGCUUUAAUUUAUGCUUUGCACAGGGCAGCCUGGAGAAGACCAUUGCAUAUUUACAUUUAUUUUAUUACGUUUCCAUUUGAGCUUGCUGAUAACCGCGCCAGUUAUGGCCUGUAUGAAAAUAUAAAAUAAUGAUUUACAAA